AUUACAUCAUCAUCAUUUUAUUUAUGUGUCUGUAUUUUAUCGUUAUUUCGAUCGAGAUAACAUUAUCUUUUUUUUUUUUUUGUUGCUAAAUGCAAAAAAAGUUAUGUAAAGACUAUAAAUUUCCAGCUAUUUAUCGUAUGAGUUUCUCAAUUGUUCAAAUCAGCUAGCACUUGCUCAUGUUUGAAUAUUGAAUGUUGUAGUUUUUUUUAUGUUCCAGAUUGAACAAAUUGUUAUGGAAUCUACUGAGCAAAAUUACUUCUAUCCAUCGGAAAAUGAUAGAAAUCCCAUCAAACAUGAACGUGAUAAUAUUCCACGGGAAAGGAUUCGAAUUAAUGAUGAUGAUGAUGAUAAUGGUGACAGUGAUGUUAAUGAUGACAAUUGCAGGCAACGGCAACAAACGAUAUAUUCUCAGGAAGAGUCUUUGUUAUCCAACAAUGGUAUGAUUGACAGGGAGCUAUUGCAGCAAAAACUAAGAUUCUAUUUCAUGUCACCAUUGGAUAAAUGGAGGACUAAAAAACGAUUUCCUUUCAAGCUUAUAUUUCAAAUGUUAAAGGUCAUUUUUGUCACAUUUCAAUUGGUGAAUUUUGGUACAGAAAUGUCUGAUUAUAUAACUCAAGAUGAUCACAUUGAAAAUGCAUUUCGUAAUAUAUUAUUGGAUGAUUGGGAUCAAACUCGUGAAGUAGUUGCUUAUCCACCGGCAACUGGUGAUUAUGCUGUUUACACUACCGAACAUUUUUAUUCGUCGAUGGAUUUUGCUAUAAGAAGAUUUUCUAAUCUAAGUAAACUUUCCGUUGGUUGUUUCGGUUUCGAACGACGAGAAUAUCCUCGAAUUUUGAUUGAAAAAAUUUUCUUUACAAAGAGAAAAUUAGAUCCUACUGAUUUUGCUUAUAAUAUUGAAAACAAUGAUUUGAAUUCAGAAAUAUUAGAUAUUAAAAAUCUUUAUCCAUCCGGUGAUCAAAAAUGGUUCGACGAAUUCACAACGAAAAGUUAUUUUCACUUGAAAAAUUUUACAUUAUCAUUCAAUUCUUUAUUCAAAUUACAUCUAAUUUUUCCCUUGAGAACUAUACUGUUUGAAGAUGAAACAAUACCCAGAUGUUUUGAUUUUAAUGUCACUAUAGUCUAUGAUAACCAUGCACACGAUGCAAUGAUCAAAGUUAAAUUAAAAAUUAAUCGUUUGGCUAAACCUUGCCACUAUAUCUCAGAUGAUGGAACAUUAUUAAAGCAAGUUAUCGGAAUUGGUUUAAAUCUCGACCCGAAUAUGACUUUGAUCAUGAUAUUAAACUAUACUGUUUUGUUAUUCUGUUUAAUCUCGACCAUGCUUUGUAUACGUUCUCUAUAUCGUGGCCAAAUACUUCGUAUAGAAACAGAACAAUACUUUGGAAUGUUAUCCAAUUCACAGAACCUAUCAUUAGAAGAUAAAAUGGAAUUUAUUGACAUGGGUUUAUUAAUCAUAUGUAUUAAUGAUUUUCUCAUCAUUUGUGGUACUAUAAUGAAGAUUCGGAUGGAAUCAUCAGAUUCGGUUGAUUCGAUACUAUAUACUAGUUGUUCGCUAUUUUUAGGCAUUGGAAAUCUUUUGGUUUGGUUGGGAUUGUUACGUUAUUUUGCCUAUUUUCAAUCAUACAACAUUCUUAUUGUAACAUUGAAGAAAUCUAUUCCAAACGUUUUGCGGUUCUGUCUCUGUGCAUUUUUAGUUUAUGGAGGAUUUUGUUUUUGUGGUUGGGUCGUUUUGGGUCCUCAUCAUCUCAAAUUUCGUACGCUUAGCUCAACAUUGGAAUGUUUGUUUUCACUUAUGAACGGUGAUGAUAUGUUUGCCACAUUUUUUUCUACUGAUGUGAAAAAAUCAAGUCUUAUUUGGUGGUUUAGCCGCAUUUAUCUUUAUCUUUUCAUUUCAUUGUCCAUAUAUGUGAUAGUUUCGUUGUUCAUUGCCAUAAUACUCGAUGCAUAUGAAUCGGUUCGUGAUUCAUAUAAAGAAAUCAAUGACUUAUCACAGUCAAAUUCAACUCUAAAAAAAUUUAUAGAAGAAUAUCCAAUGGACAAUUUUGAUGGUGGAUUCCAUAAUAACUCUAUUGUUGACCAAAUUCAAAAUUAUUUUCGAAUCUGUUUCCGUCCAUCAUCGAAUGCUUCUUAACAUAUAAGAAUUAUAAUUUAAUAAUAUAUAAUUUUACGACUAAAAUAGUUAUGAUUUUAUAACUCAACUUUUAAUUAAUAUUUAAAUGAAUAAAAUAUAAAAUAGUGAUUUAA